CCGGCCGGUUCCUUUUAAUGGCGCGGCGCACUGGGGCCGCGGGCUCUCGGGCGGCCCAGCGCAGCGGAAGAGCCGAGGCAGCAUGUCGGGGACCCGAGCCUCCAACGACCGGACCCCCGCCGCAGGCGGCGUCAAGCGGGGGCGGCUGCAGCACGAGGCGGCGACCACCGGCUCCCGGGUGACCGUGGUGCUGGGCGCGCAGUGGGGGGACGAGGGCAAAGGCAAGGUGGUGGACCUGCUGGCCACGGACGCCGACAUCAUCAGCCGCUUCCAGGGGGGCAACAACGCUGGCCACACGGUGGUGGUAGACGGCAAGGAGUACGACUUCCACCUGCUGCCCAGCGGCAUCAUCAACACCAAGGCCAUGUCCUUCAUUGGCAACGGAGUGGUUGUCCACUUACCAGGCUUGUUCGAAGAAGCAGAAAAGAAUGAGAAGAAAGGCCUGAAGGACUGGGAGAAGAGGCUCAUCAUCUCUGACCGGGCCCACCUCGUGUUCGAUUUUCACCAGGCGGUGGAUGGGCUCCAGGAGGUGCAGAGGCAGGCCCAGGAGGGCAAGAACAUCGGCACCACCAGGAAGGGGAUUGGACCAGCCUACUCGUCCAAAGCGGCCCGCACGGGCCUCCGCAUCUGUGACCUCCUGUCGGACUUCGACGAAUUCUCCACCCGAUUCAAGAACCUGGCCCAUCAGCACCAGUCCAUGUUCCCCACUUUGGAAAUAGAUGUUGAAGGUCAACUCAAAAAGCUCAAGGGCUUCGCGGAGCGGAUCCGACCCAUGGUCCGAGACGGCGUUUACUUCAUGUACGAGGCGCUCCACGGCGCCCCCAAGAAAAUCCUCGUGGAAGGCGCCAACGCAGCCCUCCUGGACAUUGACUUUGGGACCUACCCCUUUGUGACGUCAUCCAACUGCACGGUGGGCGGCGUAUGCACCGGCCUGGGCAUCCCCCCACACAACAUAGGCGAGGUCUACGGCGUGGUGAAGGCCUACACCACACGCGUGGGCAUCGGCGCCUUCCCCACUGAGCAGAUCAAUGAAAUCGGGGACCUGCUGCAGAGCCGUGGCCACGAGUGGGGCGUGACCACGGGCAGGAAGAGACGCUGUGGCUGGCUGGACCUGAUGAUCCUCAGAUACGCCCACAUGGUCAACGGAUUCACCGCGCUGGCCUUAACGAAGGUGGACAUCCUGGACGCCCUGGACGAGAUUAAAGUCGGCAUCGCAUACAAGCUCAGCGGGAAGCGGAUCCCCUACUUCCCAGCCAACCAGGAGAUUCUGCAGAAGGUGGAGGUGGAGUAUGAGACGCUGCCUGGGUGGAAGGCAGACACUACGGGCGCCAGGAAGUGGGAGGACCUGCCCCCGCAGGCCCAGAGCUAUAUCCGGUUUGUGGAGAACCACGUUGGAGUGGCAGUGAAAUGGGUUGGUGUUGGCAAAUCCAGAGAUUCGAUGAUCCAGCUGUUUUAGACAAAGACAGAGCUGAUCCCAGCAGGCCACGUCCACGCCAGCAGCCACAGUAGUGUUCUUUCCCAGCCAGCAAAACCAACGCCAUAUACAAAGAGAUUUGAAAACUAUUUUCUGUACUUUUAUAUUUCUCUUUAAGCCUUCGGCUCCACCCACUGAUUUCUACAACCACUUGAAACAUCUGAAAACCAGUGUUGGGUACAUUUUAAAAAAUCCUGCUGUUUCAAAUGAGCCGAAGCGCUCAAAACAGAGACCUUUUAUGGCACGUGAAUUGUCACAUGGUUGUAUGCCUGGUUGGAGCCGUUUAGUAAUAAACAAAUCCGACAGCC